AUUUUAGAUUCUAGUAAACAAGUAAUUCAAAGGAAUUUUAACUAGAAGAUAUUUUCUUUUAACAGUCUUUUCUUAAAACAGAAUGUUUAUGAAUAGAGAUUUCAUAAAAUUUCAACGGAUUAUUAUACAUGUUUUACUAUAUUUCAAUUGAAUGAUUUUUUGGUCAAAAUAUGAACACUGCUAAAUGUACUUGUCGUUGUACAUGUAAAUCUGAACAAAAUUCAGAUAUGGAUAAUUCACAACGAAAUCCACAUUGUUCAUUACAGAUCUCUAAUAGUGAUACAACUGGUGAUGUCACCACAACUAAUUUCACAGAGGAACAAAAGAAUAUGAUACUUAAAAUAGAAGCAUAUAACAGGUAGUGUAUUUAGUAAUCUUUUUAAAAUUCAAAUUCAGAUUUUAAGGAAACAUUAGACUUUUUUAGAUUGUUUGAUAAUUUGUUUUAAAGAAUAAUCAGUUUUGUACAUUGAAUGGUUUUGAUUUCAACCAGAGAACUAGGUAUUUGGACUUGAUAAUCCAAUAAGAGUUUAUGGACUAGGUGUUAAACGAUAAUCAAUUUAUAGGCAAAAGUCUCUGCCCCAAUUAAUAGAAGUAAAGGUUAGGUAGAUGGAUUAAUAAUUUUCAGCAUGAAUUUGUAUGUCGAUCACGCUUAUGUCAUUCAUGAUAAGUUUAGUUCGAAUCUACAGAAGCUUCGAAUCAUCUGCGAAAUAUUUGUUAUCCAAAAAAUAUAAUUUUUUUAUGCACGAAACUGUAAUCACUGGAUAUGAAAGUAUGGUAGUUGCUUAACAUUUGAACUAUAUUGAUCUACAUAAUCUGACAUCCCAGUAUACAUAGGCAAUAAACAUAAACUAAGAUCACUUGAAAACUGAAGCAAUAAAAAGUAACAUAAAUUAUACAGAACAUCCCUUUUGACUAUUAUGAUUUGAUUCUGGUUAUUAAGUGAACACUCUCAGGGUCAAUCGGGCGUCUCUCAAAUAUCGUCCAUAAAUUAUAGUCUCAAUGACAUCCAAAUAAAUCCUCGUAUUUAUAUUCCAAUUCAAUUAUGUCUGUCAAAGAGAUAAAUAGUGAACUACAUUUUUUUCAAACACUGACUUUGAUAAUGAUAAAAAUAAUUUAGUAAUUAUAUUCACAGCAUAUAUAUAGUCUCACCCACAUAUAUUAUUCUGGCCAAAAUAACACGUUAGUGCUUACUAUGUUUUCACUCACACUAUUAAUUUUUCAAACAUCUUUUUAUAAAACGUAAUAAUUGUUUUUGUUGCCUACUUCAUCCAUUUUAAAAAAAAAUUUAUACCCGUCACGUACAACUAGAUGUUGUUUUCUUGUUAUUAGAUAUAUGAUUGGUGAAUGUGUCGCUCAAUUUCGUGAAUUAGUUGAAGUUCGACAUUAACACCAUUGGAUGCCGGCUCAAUAGUCUAGUGUUUAAGUGCUCGCGCGCGAAACUACUGGGUCCUGGGUUCGAAUCUCGCAGGGGGCGAGGUCGUGUAUGCGCACUGCUGAGGAGUCCCACAAUAGGGCGAAACGGCCGUCCAGUGCUUCCAGGUUUUCCAUGGUGGUCUAGCUUCAACUGACUCAUGAUCUUAACCAUUGAAAUUACUACAAUUUCCACAAAAACCCAUCAGAUAUAUAUUUAUCUUCAAUUUGACCACUAGUUAAUAUCUUUACAAAAGCUAAUAUUAAUUUAUUGAAAUAAUAAUCAGUUUGACAAGAAAGAAUAUCAUUAUGUUAAUAAAAUGUAGUCUGUCUCAAAUCAUUGUAAAACUAUUCGUAUUGUUGUUAUUAUUGAAGAUGAUGUUCUCUACAUUCAGUUGAAUGUUAUUAAAUUUCAUUGUUUCAAACUGCAUCCUAUCAAGACAAAGGCCUAUUAUGGUAAUUAGUUUUCUUUUUUUUCAAAACGAUAAUGAUAAAUAGGAAAAUGAAUUAAAGCUUUCAUAUUUUGUUUAGUAAAUUUACAAUAUACUCAUGUUUCAUGUUGAAACGGAAACUUAAAUUAGCUAUCAACAGGACAUUUUAUGCACCCCAACUUGUCAUUAUCGAAAAGAUAAGGUCUAUGUUUCACCAAAAACCGAAACAGCACGAAAGCGAUUGUGUCACAUCCCAUUGUGUCUAUCAGUUUACAUGUAUGUGUGGAAACACGUACAUAGGAAGGAGCAAUCGUGAUUUACAAUUAAGGGUGGGUGAACAUAUAACAAAAUGGUUGGAGAAUCAGAUGAAUUCCAAUGGUCAAAUAAGAUCACAGGAUAGACAGGAAUCAUCCUCCGUUGCGAAACUUUGAUUGAGACGGGUCAUAAGGUUGACAUCGAAUCAGCAUUUGUAGUGUUAUACAAAAGCUUUAAAGGACGUAUACUAAGGUUUAUUAAAGCCUUGGCUAUACGGAAAUUGAGACCCCCUUUGUGUGUUUAAAAACAAUUUGUGCUUACACUUAACCUACCCUGGUAAUACUUGUUUAUUAUCCAGAGUGGUAAUCACAAUUGUUUUUGUGUACUUUAUUAUUUUUCCUUUGUUAUGACUUACCCUUAACUUGUCCAGUUGACUUUUUAAUUCUCAUAUAUAAAUGUUCUUAACAAGUAUAUGUGUGAUCAGAUUGUUCGAAAUGUAUUGUGCAAAUAUAUCACAUAAUUCUGAUAAACUUUGUCUUCUUAUUGCAUUAUCGAAACUUAUCAAAGGGACUAAUUGUUUUAAAUAUACAUUUCAUUCAAUGAUUAUAUUUAUUUCAUUAACUGUAAAAACUUUGCGUUACUAUCUAAUUCGUAAUGAACAGUGAUGUUACUUUUUUGUCAGAAAGAAUAAUAAUUUUAUACUAUUACUUUUCGUUAUCUAAUGUUCAUUGUCCAGAGGAUAUAUGGCAAUAGACUCGACACAAAAAUAAUGAUGUUAAAACAAAGAUUUCUGUUGGUCCAUAUUGAAACACUACGGGUUAGGAGGCUAUUGAUCUUGUUAAUUCUAGUAUCCACACUUUGACGCGUAAAAUAUUACACAAUGCCUUAUGGUAAUAUCAUACCCAGUAACGUUGUUGCAUGUAAAAUUUAGGUCAUAACGAAUCAAAAUAUAUCAUCAAUAAUGUGAAAUCAAGGGGUUCUAAACUAGUGCGUGAAUUGUAUCACCACAGUUACUAAGCAGAUGAGAAGCCAAGAAUUUUUCAUAUCUUCAUGUUUGAUGCAUCACUUUAUGUAGUUUAUUUUACGUUUCCUUUCACUAAUUACCUCAAUAUUGAACAUCUAUAACAUAUCAAGUGGUCUAGCUACUAGUAUCUUAUUGACAAAAAUAACUUUAUCCCCAUAUUGAAAGUCGUCUAGCAAUUUAUUGGCAUAGAGUUUUAAAUUUUCAUUAAAUCGGCUACAGUGCCAUAUGUCCCAACUGAAGGAAAAUUAUUCACUUUUCUUCAUUUAAAUAAAGUGGUUUUGUAGUUGGUUUCAGUUAUCUGAUGGAAUAAUAGUUUAUAUUCAAAUUUCAGGGAAAUUAUAAAAGAGAUAGAAAGACUGCAAUUUGAAAGUGUGAAAACUAAUGAUGCGAUUAGCCUUUUAAAAGAACAUUCAAAUAUAACACAAAGUUCCUUCAAAUCGCCUCAGGCUCUUCAAAGAAAAAUAGCUUCAUGUAGUAGUGUUCAUCAUCAUAACGCUAGUAUAUCUGGUUCUAGCACUUCAUCAUCCUGGUGUAAAAAUGACUGUGAACCAUCAUCCGAGGGCUCUCAACAAAUAUACCAGCUGAAUAACGUUCAGUUAACGGAACGCUUGGAAUUUCUCAGAAAUCGACAAUUGCAAUUGAUGUCAAGGAUACAAAGUUUGAAGAAAUCGAGAUUGGUACUUAUGCAACAUAUGCAACAGUUAUAUGGAACACAGAAGAUGAAAUCAAAAAACGAAAACCUUUAUCAAGAGACUGACAAUCAAGGUUGCUAUGAAUGUCGUGAAAAUAUUUCACAUCAUCCCGUUGAUAACACACCGGAUCUCCAUACAACUUCACGAUUAACUCAUACAACAAAACAUUGUUCUGACAAUUUCCCACUGAAUUCAAACAUGGUGAGAUCAUUGGUUGAUCGUGAAUGUCAAACCAGUUUCAUUGCAGAAUCAGAGGGAAAACUGAUUAAUAAUAGGUUAGAUCAUGAGUUUUGUUUACCAAAAUUCAUGAAACAUAACUCCUUACCUACUUAUUCUAAUAAUGAUAGUUGUAAUUACGCUGAAAAUGUAAUUUCAAAUACUACAUCCAAUGUUUCAGCAUUGGCAAUGAUAGCAGCAAUGACAGCGGCUACAAUCUUUAAACGAACAUUUCAGCAAUCCGUUUGUCAAGUACCUACCACAAAUUCAGAUAAUUUUUAUAAACAGGACUUUCAACAAAAAAAUUAUUCUGCAUUUAAUUCAUCAAUAUCGUCUAUGGAAUCACAGUAUUGGUCAGAGUUACUCAAUCGUACCUCUGUCAAGAAAGAUGAUUCAAACGAGUGUCUAAAAGAUGACUACCAAUUCUACAAUCAGUCUACUUUCAGUCAGCCUUCCUGCAUCAGUAAUAGAGCAGAUCUACUUCCACCUCCUCAUUCUGCACCAAGUUCUACUUCAUACUACCUAGAUAAUAUAGAUCUAUUUCCAUCUAUCUCUUCUUCAGAUACUAAUAAACUACUGAACAGCGGCUUACUAUUUCCAGCUAUAUCACGUGAAAUGACACUAGCAAAUCCAUUAGAAUCUACUUAUUUUCACGAUACGCCAAAAUGCUCGAGAAUACCUGACCUUAAUUCAUCCAAAUCUUGUGAAACAGACCAAAUGAAAGGAUAUGAACAGAAAGAAUCCAAAUCAAAAACCUCCUUAGAUAAUAAUGAAUUGAAUUAUAACUCUCGAUUGACAACUUCCAGCAGGAUAUGUGAAAGAUUUUCUGAUCGUAUAUUACAAGCUCGGCAAGCGAUUGACAAAUGGAAUUUUCAAAAACACUGUGAGAUAAGCGAUAGGGUAAACCAACGGGAAAAUCUCGUCACUGAACUAAACAAACAUUCAAACGUAGUGAAUGAAAAAUCAGUUAGUGAUCAGUACUAUUCUCAACAAAGUCCUCUGUUAAAUAAAUCAAAUUUUUGCAAAGAAUGCUACUUAGCUCCUAAUUUUGUGCCUUCAACAGUUUCUUCAAGGACUAAUACUUCUAACGACUGCCCUGUCCAAUGUGUAGCAACUAUUACAAAAAAUAUUUAUCCAGAUAAGAGUCCUCCUAAAGCUACAUUUACAAACCCCCAAUCUAAUUUAUCGAAACCAAUGCCAAUUCAAGUCGUUAAACCAGCAAUUAGAAAUCAUGUACAUAUUACAAAGGCGAAUGACAGUAUUAAAGAAUUGCCUAUAAAGACUGAUAACAAAAUUAUAGAUAAUAAAGGAAUUCAGACACAUCGUUCACAGCAACAUGAAAAUCGUAGUGUUUGCAAAUACAAGGACAAAAAAGGAAUUAGUGAUAAACAACAAAUUAAAGGCGUGCUAAUAAAUGAAAGUUCAAAGUCUGAAAGAAGUAAUAAAACAAAUAGAAAUUCGAGUACACAGCGCAGUGUAGCAUGGGUUGACGAAGUCUUAUCACAUCCAUUGUCUAACAGUGCAAAACCUGACACAAAUACCGAUUUGACACUUCAAAGUGAUGUACCUAAUAACAAUUGUAGUGAGAGACUUAACAAAUAUUCCAACCAAAGUAAUGAUAAAAAUGUAAAUGUAACAAAACAUAUUGAAACACACCAACCAAUCAAAACAAUAACAUCAAAUGUAGUAACAACUUCAUCACGUCGACUGCUUCCAACUCCAAGUAACAAUCUAAUGAACAUUAAUUAAUUGGUCAGAUAAAAUUCCAAAACUCUAUUUUUGAUAUCUUAUUUUAUUAUUCAGAUAAAUGGGAAUAAUUAUAAAGUUAUUAUACAUUUACUGAUCUAUGCAUUUUGAGUUCUAGUAUUCAGAUUGAAUCAUAUAACUUAAUACAAAUAGUAUUAAUAUUCACUGUACUAGUAUGAAGUAUACUUUAAAAAAAGUAUAUAAAAUAGUC